GGCGCAGCCGCCGGAAGUGCGUGGCCGCCCGGGGCCAUGGCGGCACUCAGCUUCGUCUUCCUGCUGCUGGGUGCAGCGUCCUGGCCUCCGGCUUCUGCCUCCGGCCAGGAGUUCUGGCCCGGACAGUCGGCGGCCGACAUUCUGUCGGGGGCGGCUUCCCGCAGACGGUAUCUUCUGUAUGAUGUCAACCCCCCGGAAGGCUUCAACCUGCGCAGGGAUGUCUAUAUUCGAAUCGCCUCUCUCCUGAAGACUCUGCUGAAGACGGAGGAGUGGGUGCUUGUCCUGCCUCCGUGGGGCCGCCUCUAUCACUGGCAGAGUCCUGACAUCCACCAGGUCCGGAUUCCCUGGUCUGAGUUUUUUGAUCUUCCGAGUCUCAAUAAAAACAUCCCCGUCAUCGAGUAUGAGCAGUUCAUCGCAGAGUCUGGUGGGCCCUUCAUUGACCAGGUUUACGUCCUACAAAGUUAUGCAGAGGGGUGGAAAGAAGGGACCUGGGAAGAGAAGGUGGACGAGCGGCCGUGUAUCGAUCAGCUCCUGUACUCCCAGGACAAGCACGAGUACUACAGAGGAUGGUUUUGGGGUUAUGAGGAGACCAGGGGUCUAAACGUCUCCUGUCUGUCCGUCCAGGGCUCAGCCUCCAUCGUGGCGCCCCUGCUUCUGAGAAACACAUCAGCCCGGUCCGUGAUGUUAGACAGAGCCGAGAACCUACUUCAUGACCACUAUGGAGGGAAAGAAUACUGGGAUACCCGUCGCAGCAUGGUGUUUGCCAGGCACCUGCGGGAGGUGGGAGACGAGUUCAGGAGCAGACACCUCAACUCCACGGACGACGCAGACAGGAUUCCCUUCCAGGAGGACUGGACGAAGAUGAAGGUCAAGCUGGGCUCAGCGCUAGGGGGCCCCUACCUGGGAGUCCACCUGAGAAGAAAAGAUUUUAUCUGGGGUCACAGAGAGGAUGUGCCCAGUCUGGAAGGGGCCGUGAGGAAGAUCCGCAGCCUCAUGAAGAUCCACCAGCUGGAAAAGGUGUUUGUGGCCACAGAUGCCGUCAGAAAGGAAUAUGAAGAGCUAAAAAAGCUGUUACCCGAGAUGGUGAGGUUUGAACCCACGUGGGAGGAGCUGGAGCUCUACAAGGAUGGAGGCGUUGCGAUUAUUGACCAGUGGAUCUGCUCACAUGCCAGGUUUUUUAUCGGCACCUCAGUCUCAACAUUUUCUUUUCGGAUUCAUGAGGAAAGAGAAAUCCUGGGAUUGGACCCCAAGACGACGUACAACAGGUUCUGCGGAGACCAAGAGAAGGCGUGUGAACAGCCCACCCACUGGAAGAUCACCUACUGAGAAGGCUCCUCCGGGGCCGCUCCCCGGACCCGACUGGCGCAGGUGGAUGCAGGUUCUGUCACCGUGGAGUCACCGUCUACUGCCAGCCAGGAGCUGGACGGACAGGACCGUCCCUCGCAGGGUCCCAGGCCCAGAAGAGGCCCCACGCGUCUAGAGGUGCAACGCGUCUAGAGCUGUGCUCCGUCCUCGGCGUUUCCAGCCGCCAUGGCUGAUGAAGAGGCUCCGCUGCUCUCGGGGGCGGCGGUUUUUUUCAGGCAGCGUCUGUGAACCCACAGCUCGGUUGCCAGCAGGGCCCGCGUGGUGACCCAGAAGCAGGAGUGUUUGUCAGGCUCCAGCUCCGGCCUUUCCAGCCACCUUUCAUGUCUUCAUAUUUUAAGCGCAUUGAGGAUAGGUGUAGGCGGGUGAGCUGCCCUCCGUCAGGUGGACAUGGGCUGACAUUUCCCUGGGAGCUGGUGCAAGGAGAAGCGUCAUUUUAAAUGUCUGCAGAGCGACCAGGGGCCUCAUGAAUCCCUCCGUUGCCUUCCACGCAGCAGGAGGCUGCCUGUGUGUUUCCUCCUGGGAUGCGUGCAGGGCAGACCUACGCUGCAAAGGGAAGGGCCUGAGGCCUCAGGGAGCCCCGUGGAGGGAUGACAGUUCAGGCCCUACUGUUGGCACAUCAGAGUGCUGGCAAGUUUUUCAGUGACGUCUCUGGGGCACUCAGUGGAUUGUCUAUAGGAAACUUGCAGCUCCACUCUGCACACCAGGCCCGGCUGGCCGCCCCGCCCUCGCCCCGGCUGGCUGCCCCGCCCUCGCCCCAACUGCCCGUCCCUCUCUCCGGCUGGCCGUCCCUGCCCUCGCCCGGCUGGCUGCCCCGCCCUUGCCCUGACUGCCCCUCUCUCACCCUGGCUGGCAGGUGCACAUGGGACCUCCAGGUCUACCAUUCGCUAUUGAGAACUAGAAAUGAGGAAGGACAGUUACACUAACUACAAAAGGCUGUCUAGGAUGAGCUGCUUUAUCAGGGAGCUCCUCGUACCCAUUUUAUAGAAAUCAUUUUUAGGUCUUUGUGCCACCACCACGAGGGGCAUCUGCAAAGAGGGCAAUGCUGGACACAGAAUCCGUGGAAGGUGCAGCAGUGCCUCAGGGGUCCUCAGGGUCAGGGAGCCCUCCCUCGCCCUCUUGGCCCGUCACCCUUUGUGACUUCCCACCAUGGUGUCGUGUGACCCUCAGUCAGGCUGGUGGGGGCCGAGUCCUCACUGACCAGCCACUUUCCACAUCUGCUAGAGGAACAGUGACAUGGACACUUGUGGGACAGAGAUGACAGUGAGGAGGGACAGACAGCUCUUCCCUUCGGAGCCUGGCUAAUCUAGGACAUCACCUUGCUGUGUCUUCUCAAGCUUUUAAAAUUGACCCUGAACGUGUGACAGGGUCCUAUGGUGUUACUCAAAGCUGUGCAGGGUAAAUGAUGACAUAUUUAUUCUUUUUUCCAUUUGUUCUAGAAACAGUGCCUUUUUCAUCAGUUGCAUUUUCCAGGCUGAGAGCUGUAUAAAACAUUUUCGACUGUGACCAUGUACCUUCCUUUUUAAGAGAAAUAAACUGCUUUAUGGUAGCUGGUA